AUGGCCACCCCGUCUCCUCGCUCCGGCUUGCCCCAGGGCUUCUCCGUCUACCAGCCCGCCCUCGGCGCCCAGCUGCAGUUCUUCCCGGCCCUCGGCACUCAGCGGCUCGAUGACUUGAUCAACGCCCACGUCCCCGGCCCGGCCUCCAUCAAGGACAAGCGCGCCUCCGUCUCGCUCGACUUUCUCGGCUACGCCCGCACCACCGGCCAGACGUUCAAGUUCUAUCCCGCCGCUCCCUCGCUCGCCGAGUCGCCCCUGACUGGCAGCCCGCCGGCCCUCGACUCGGCCAGCUCCUCCUUCAACGUCUCCCCCGUCACCUCCAGCUGGGACUGGAGCGCCACGGCCUCGGUCUCGUCGCGCUCUUCCACCCACCGCCGCCCAUCUGCCAAGGUCGCCUCCUCAUCCACCACCAGCCCUCCCUCGCGCCAUCACACGACAGACUUCUCCAGCCUCCCCGGCAUGAAGAUCUUGACCAAGGACGGGCUCGACGUCACAAACUCGGCCUCCAGGGGCUCCAAGACCAAGGAGCAGCGCGACCAUGCUCACCUGAUGCGCAUCAUCAAGGCCUGCGACAGCUGCCGCCGUAAGAAGAUUCGCUGCGAUCCCAGCCACAAGAAGCGAGGCGGUCCCCCAGCUCACAUGCACGCGGCCGCCGCUACGGGCUCAAGACCGAGACGCAAAGCCAAGAGCCCGCCGCAGGAGCAGCUGACACCGCCUCAGUCACAGCCACCACCGCAACCAUCGCCAGUCGGUGCUGACUCCUCGGAGGCCAUGGGCGCGGAUGCCCUGGAAGCCUUCUUGACCUCGUCCCUCGAUCUUGACUUUUCCAUGUCCCAUCCUGAGACUUUGGAUCCGCUAGCCGCGGCUCUGCCCGACUGUCCAUGGGACGACUUCAUGCAGUUUCCUCCCAUGGACGCGGCGGCCGACUACGACUUUUAUCUGGACCCGAACAACUAUUUCACCAGCCAGUCCUCUAUUUCGUCAUCGUCGGCGUCGCCAUUCAAGAUACCCACCCCGCAAUCGCUCCAGGAGCCCGGGGCACCUCCCGGUCCAGAUACCACGACCGCCCAAGGAGCACAUGCGGCAUCGCCCCAGUACCCCUUCCUGGAUCCAUCUGGCUUUGCCGGCGACUACACCGACUUCAACCUAUUCUCGCCACAAUCCAGCUUCUCCGAGGAUGACCGCAUGCUCUCCGUCGGCUCGUCUUCCCAUGAGCCCGGAUCUUCCCAGCAUAGCCAACCUGGCUUUGAUGACUGGAACGUCGAGGCUGCACUGCCCAAGACCGCGGGCGACUCUGUCGGCGGCGUCGAUGAAUACGAUGGUUUGAGUCUUAUCGACUCGACUGACCGCCACGUACUCCCACCGGGAGCAUCGGCGGCGUCUGCUGCCUCGCUCGGCGGCCAAGUGAUCAUCUGUUGCGCGCCGGGCACCGUGGUACUCACCGCCGACGGCUACAACAGCCACGUACUGGAUCACGUACCAAUCAGUCUCAGUGCUUCCAGCUCAGCCGCGGCUGCUGCCGACUCAAGUUUGUAUAUGCCUCUCGAGGACACGCCGUCGGACAGGCCGGCGUCGCACCUGUCGCACUUCAUAGCGAACCCCGAACUACGGCAUCCGCUCAAGAUGGCGUGGCUACAACAGCCUCGAGCGCUCCGGGGCACGACCCUACAUCUGCGGUAUACGAAGACGCUCUUCGUGCGCACCUCGCGGCGAACGACGAUUGUGAUGCACGUGCGCCCCGAGACGGAGUAG